AUGGAGACACCGAAACUUAAGCUGGAUCCUGACGGCGACGUUGUGCUUAUCCUGGAGAACCCCAACGCGCAAUUAUUACAAUGGGGCGACAAAGAUCUCGAAAAGACCGGCCGAGCGGUCGAAGGGGAGGCGAUGAGGGCGCCUGCAGUGGAAGAGCUGCGGAUGCUGGUCUCCUCGCGGCACUUGUGUCUCGCAUCGUCGACCUUCAAGACGAUGCUUGGUGGCCCUUGGCGAGAAAGCACCGGCAGCAACACGAGGAUCCGCGAGGUGUGGGCGUCAGACUGGGACGCCGAGGCCUUUCUGAUCGUGCUUUCCCUCAUUCAUGGCCAGCACCUUUCCGAUUACAGCGUCCCCAAUCUCGAAGAGCUGGCCAAAAUAGCGGUCAUCGUGGACUAUUACGACUGUCACGAUGCCGUCGAACUUCUUGCCGAGGUUUGGAUUCGCGACCUGCAGAAAGAACUGCCUUCCUCCUAUGGAAAGCAGUGCGUGUUGUGGAUGUUCAUCUCGUGGGUCUUCCUCCGCGUGGACAUUCUCGAGAACAUGGCCAGGCUGGCGGUGGAAGGCUGCAAAGGACCUGUCCAGACGAUGGGUCUGCCGCUGCCCGACAGCUUGCUGCAAGUCAUCGAGGCCAAGAGUGCGGAAGUAAAGACGAGAAUCCUGAAGAUCCUCGAAAACUUGAAGGAGUCUUUGAUCACAAAAGGCUGCAACAUGCAAUGCACGGAUUUGACCCUGGGUGCCCUAACAAGACAGAUGCACACGGCUCAACUACUGCCAUCGAGAGUCCAAGGCAUGAGUGUCGUCUACCUGCAAAAUGUGGUCAGUAAAUUUACUAGCACUCCUUCUAACUGCAGGAGAGCACAGUAUUCUGUAAAAUGCGACCUGCAGGCGAAAAUCCGGCCUUUCCAGAAAAAAGGCCAGCUUCAGCUGGAAAAUCUUCAGCUGGAGGAGAUUUGGAGCAACCGGCUCCGGUCCCGAGAGGAGAAGAGAUUCAAUGCCAUGGAAAUGAUGAUUGAUUGGUGGAAGCCCGAAGCAUGA